UUCGAUUCUGUGUGGGCCAAGAGAGGCUCACUAUCUCCUCGACGUAAUCUGUUCAAGCCAGUCUGUUACUUCGAAGCUGACCAGGCUAUGGCGGCCUCGACAGCGAUGGCGUCUUCUACCUUGAGGCAGCAGGUGGGCAUCCUGUCGUCGAACGCUCUGCUCGGCGGAAGCGCUGUGUCGACGAGGAGGACAGGGCCAUGUUACGCAUCCGCCAUAGCCACGAGCUCCCCGCCGUCUCAGCCGCCGACAUGCUCAGCGUCCAUCAGCACACGGACGGGUGGGGAGGAGACCCAGUCAACGCACAGGAGAGAGGGAGUCAUCAGUCGCAGAGAGACGCUAUCAGCUGCGAGCUCUGCGGCUAUGGCGGCUGCCGUGCUUCUGGCUAUGGCCCCCGCCUUGCCCGCUGAGGCGAAGUCGCUUGAAGAAAGGUACGCCGAAGAAACUACUGCCGUCAUCGACAAGAUUCGAUAUACAUUGAAUCUGGAUAAAACGGACCCGGGAAAGCCUGACGCGGUGGCGACUCUCAAAGCUGCGUCCGUUGAUUGGGUAGCCAAGUACCGGCGGGAAAAAAAAGUGGCGGGAAAACCGUCCUUCAGUAACAUGUACUCCGUGUUGAAUGCCAUUUCUGGGCAUUACAACAGCUUCGGCAUUGGCUAUCCCAUCCCGGCGAAGCGAAAGGAUCGGAUCCUCCAAGAGGUGGAUGACACCGAGAAGGCGCUGGCCAAAGGGCGGUGAUGUGUGUAGUACAAUGUCAUGCAGAGUGUGACUAAGAUAGAGCGGAGCGGGUUUGUAUGAAUGACAGUGAUACUAGACAGACACGGUGUAUAUGCUUAAGUCCGUGCGCAAGUGCGUAAGUGCGCGCGCGCGUGUGUGUGUGUGUGUGUGUGUGUGUGUGUUGUAUAGUGCAGGAGAAGUAGAUAAUGGUGGUAAGUGAUACGUGUGUGUGGAGAGGGAGCGGCUCCAUCGCUUGAGUUGCUGCACAGAGAGAGAGAGAGAGAGAGAGAGAGAGAGAGAGAGAGAGAGAGAGAGAGAGAGAGAGAGAGGACGCCCUCAGGUGUAUCAUUAAUGCGCAAGGUGAUGACCGCUUUGGCCAACAGUUGCUUAUCGCCUUGGCUCUUCGGAAUU